AUGCAGGACUGGGAUGCCGAAGACAAUGCGCAGGCGUUGCCAACUCUUAAUCAUUGGCACGAAAGAGGAGGCUUGAUCGGCCGGGGUGUCCUCAUUGAUUUUAACGCGUAUGCGGAUGCUAAAGGUAUCGCAUUUGACCCGUAUAGUCGACACAAGAUCACCAUUACCGGGAUCGAAGAGGUUGCAAGGUCGCAAGCUGUCACCUUUAAGCAGGGGGACAUUUUCAUUCUACACACUGGUUAUACGGAAGAGCUCGAGAGUUCCUCUGCGGAGCGGCAGGAGGACCUGAGCAGUCAUCAAACAUGGGCCGGCAUGGAAUCAAUCAAGGAAGCAGCAAGAUGGUUCUGGGACAAAGGGUUCGCUGCGGUUGCCAGCGACAAUAUCGGAUUCGAGGCGGAAGUUGCAGAUGGUAAUCCACCUUGUGAGCCUCUCCCCCUCCUUUACCCGUAUUUUCUGAGCCUGUUUGGCAUGUGUAUUGGUGAACUGUGGGAUUUGAAGGCCCUGUCCAAGCACUGUGCUAGGACGAAGCGGUAUAGUUUCCUCCUUGCCUCCAUUCCCCUCAAUGUCCCUGGAGCAGUGGGCUUCCCUCCCAACGUGUUGGCAAUUUUUUAA